CGUGUCGUAGUUAGUGCGUGAUCCUUCUUAGCUUCGGGAAAACAGUGUAAAUAGUUUUCAUUUUGUAAGCGUUUCUCCGAUUUACUAGCUUCUUAAAUUGUUGAACGAGAAUUUUCUCAAUUUCAUUGUGUCAUAGUGAUUAAAUGCUGAUAUGAAAUCAAGUUAAUGUUAUGUGAUAAUGUGAUGUGAUAAAACUAUUGAAAUGGAGAUUAAUGCAAAUCAAAAGGUGUCCUGCAUUGUGAACUACUCCUAUGAUGCGUCGGAGCCUGAUGAGCUGACUAUCAGGCCAGGCGAUGUGCUCCGGGACGUUGAGAGAUUACCCGGAGGUUGGUGGCGUGGAGAGCUCAGGGGCAGGCGGGGAAUGUUCCCUGAUAAUUUCGUCUCUGUUCUCUCGGAUCAUGCCAAUAACAGGUCAGGGGAGGUACAAGGUCGGUGCAGGGCAUUAUUCAGCUACCAGCCUGCGAAUCCUGAUGAACUGCCCUUGUGUGUCGGGGACGUCCUGGAAGUUCUUGCUGAGGUCGAAGAGGGUUGGUGGCAAGGCCGUCGGCAGGGCCGGAUAGGCGUGUUCCCUUCAAACUUCGUGGAGAUGCUGGAACCUCCGCAACAUCAGCCGCCCUUCGAACCAGCGCCGGCGCUACCACCAAAACCUUUUAAGGAGCUUUGCCGCGUGCUGUUUCCAUACACGGCCGUGAACGAAGACGAGUUGACACUGGCCGAAGGGGACAUAGUGACGAUUAUAUCAAAAGAAGCACCCGACAGAGGAUGGUGGCGAGGCGAGAUCCACGGGCGAGUGGGCCUGUUUCCUGAUAACUUCGUGCAAUUGCUACCACCUAAGGUGAAAUCGGACACAGAAGAAAAGAAACCGGACCGGCCUCCGUCGAAAACCCCGAAUGCGUUAUACCCCAUACUCAACAAGUACUCGGAGAGUACUGCCUCUAUUAAGGAACUCACCACGUCUAGAAUAAGUAUGCACAAAGAAAAUACAGUAAGCAAAGAGAGCAGCACACAAAGUACAGUCACGCACACGAACAAGAGCGAGUCAGAGAAAACGGUCCAUAGUGACACCACGCCCGAUGGAACACUAGAUGGACAGAUAAAGAAACCUCCAGUGCCAUUGAAGAAAAGCCCAACGUUAUCGUCGGGAGUGGGUGGUCUGUUCAGCGGGCUUAAGAGCAAAAUGUUAUCGUCCACAGAAAAAGAGAAAUCUUCAUCGACUACAGUAAGCAGCGGGAGCAGUAGCGGCGGCGAGUGGGACCGGCCGGACGGCGGCGCGGCCAGCAAGGCGGCGGCGGCGGGCGUCCCGCACACGCCCAACACGAACACGUUCGACCACGUCGAGAGGAACUCUAUGCUCAACGACCCGCGCGCGAGGAGAGUAAAAGCACCUCGUCGAAGACCGCCAAGUCAGUCGCUAAGGGACGAUACGCCGCAGCAAAUAGGACUCAGUAAUGGACAUGAAGUUCCAACAGCACCCGAGAAGCCACCGCCCGAGAAAAUGGAAGAGAUCAAGCCUCGCGCGCGCGAGUGGGAGAAACACAAGGCGCCGUGGAUGGAGGAGCUGAAGCUGAACCAGGCCAAGAAGACCAGCUUCGGAGCCGACGGCAAGGCGCGCUCCGGCGGCGGGGACGGGCUGGCGAGCAAGGCUGGUGGCGGCAGUACUGACAGAAUUUUGGACUGCGGUUUAGAAGAAAAGAGGUCAUCGAGUCAUUCAAUGGAGAUGUCAAAGAGCACGUCGUCAAUCAGCAGUAAAAUGUCAAUUUUGGAAAGCUUUGAGGAGAAUAAAGUACGACAUUCCUUGGACUCGAAAAAGGAGACGACGACGCGAGAGGAAACCGGAACACGAACGACGCUACCCACAUUGCCGUCGCCUACCGCUGCAGGGAGAACGUUAGCGGCGAUGUUAGACGAAAUAAAAAAGCCCCCCGCGCCCCAACCGCCCUCGGCCUCCGCGCGAACCAUGGGCGAGUUCGCCGAGAAGUCAGCCUCCAAAAUGGAGAAAACUGAGAAACAUAGUGAAAUCAACUCUAUAUCGAAAACUUCAACCGUCAUUGAAACUCCUUUCAAAAGUACCGAAGUUGAAAAGAUAAGUCCUUUCAAGACUACAGAGGUUGAAAAGAUAGAAAGAGAUAAAACGCCUGAAAGGAUAAAUGUGAAAACGCCAGAAAGAACCAUUGUUAACGAUAAAAGUGCUUCGGCGACUUUGGAAAGGCUGAAGACGAAAUCUGAGAAAAAUGAAGGGUCGGAGGCUUUAAUCGCUCAACUUAAUAGUAGGAUAACAAACUUGGAGAAGCUCAUAGAAGUACAAAACUCCAUGUUCAACGCUGCCAUCGACGAACUCAACACCAAACUAAAGAUCGAGACAGAAAAACGACAAGCAUUACAAUCAGAGAUUGAAAAGUUGGCGCAUUGCGUCACGCAAGUGUAGCCUUUACUGCGAGCGCCACUAGGAUCAAUUCUGCGUGGCCGCAAUUCACAGAGAGAGUACUCCAGCUAUUUGCAGCUUUAGUUUGAUUGUGGUAGUGACGCAUUAUAUUGUGAAGUUCGAGUGUUUUGAAAUAGGAAGGUCCCAAUAAGCCAAUCAUAAUACACCUAAUUUCUGAUUGGUCCGGAAUGUGAAACAUCAGAAGCCCUGUCAGUUACUGUGUAAGUGCAUUAAUUUAUUUAUAGCGUUGUGGCUUUUAUGCCUGUGAAGACUUAUAUUGUUUAUAUUUAUCGCGUGGUAAUAAUUUUUAGGAUCAUUGCAUUACAUUUAGUUUGAGAAGGACCUAAAGCUCGUUUGUAUUUUACAUAAGAUUUAAACUGCAUUUUAUAGCGAUAUUCACGUACUAAUUUUAAGAAGAAUCGUACAAAUAUUUACCACAAUGUAAUGCGUCUCGUUGGUAAAAACGUUACUUUGAUAGCGGAUUGGUUCUAAAAUUUUGUGAGUGCUAUAUUGUAUGAGUUUGCGUGAAUAUUUCGAUAAUUUUAUAGGGAUAAUAAUUUGCUGUGAGAAGUUUUAUCCAAAGUAAUAUUUUGUACAACGAUUAUUAUUCCUUUGAGCAUAGAUUACUUUAAAAUAUAUAUAAAGAGGAAUUUACUUUGGUUGCUUCUGUCUCUUUUGUAUUCUAAGGCAAGCUAUAUAAUUAAUUGUUUAUAUUUUGGGUACCAUAAAGGAGGUUUAUUUUAUCAGCAAAUAGUUGUGUCAUUCUUGUGACAUUGUAACGUAUCUGUGGCACGACCUCGUUGGCUAAAUUACUCAUAUAGUUUUCUAGUUAACCUUGUUAAAUGUCUUAAAAAAUAAACUAUAAUUCAGCUUAGACGGUGCCCUAAAGAUUGAAAAGUUUGUAAUUAUAUAUCAUUUAUACUAUAUAUACACUAAUUUUCGUCUGCUAUCUUUGAGUAAUCAAGCUGCCGUUAUUUUUCAUAUUAUAAUAUAUUGACUAUAAAAGGCUGUCUGUUACGAUUUUAUGGCUAAACAGCUAAACCGAUUAUGAUAUUUUUAUUUCUCGUGGGUGUAGUCAGUAACAGCGGAUAGCAAAAUCAAGUACACACAUAAAAUUUUUAAAAUGAAAGUUUCAAGCUGUGUCGUGAAUUCUUCGUAUCUCAAAUUAAUUUUAAAUUUGUGUAAAUUAUGCCUAAUUGUAUAAGAAUUGUAGGUAAGACACAAUGUUGUAUAUAAAAAUUAAAUUCGUGCCAUUAUGUUUUGCCGCACAUUGUACUAAAUUGUACUUUAAUUCAGGGAAUAUAAUAAAAAAGGGAUAUUAAUUAAUCGAAGUUCCAUUAAAUCGUUGUGAUUAACACAUUCCAUAAUCGCAUAAAGUAUUAUUAAAACAAUUUUAUGUGAAAUAUGUAUUGAUUAUUGGAAUAAUAUAUAACCAAAGUUUGCUUUUGGUGAGUAUGCUGUAUUUUAAUGCCUAUGUUGUAUAAAAUUACAAUCUAUAUUUACUUAAAUCAAGAGCCAUAUUUUAACUAUAUUUAAUAUAUUUUUGUAUUUGUACAGAAAAUUGUUUGUUGUUUAAAAAACGCUGUACCUUUUUGUAAUACAUAUCUAUCGUAUUGAUUUGUAUUGGAUCAGUCAAAUUUAAAACCACCUUUGUAAAGUAAGAUAUUGUAACUAAUUGAUGAAUAAAUAUAAUAUAAUUUGUGACCAUUAUAAUCUGGUUGUGUUUGCCAUCCGAAGGUUUGCAUUAUUGGAAGUUUUAACAUGUUUUAUUACCGGUAAUAAAUAUAUUAAUAUCUUUAUACAUUUUCUUGUCUUUUAUUGGCAAGACUAAAAUGUAUGUCAGCAACACCUUACGAAAAGCUGUAAUGAUGGCGUAUACUACAUUUCCUAAUUUAUUGAUAUUGAUGUAAGAAAAUAAUUAAAUGCCGUAGAAGUGCGUAGAUUUAGCUUACAAUGUGAUAGACGCUGCCUAAUAUAUACAUAAUUGAGAACUUUUAACUCAUCAUUACUAUUUAGAAAAUGCUUUAAAUCAUGCACAAAAUAAGGAGACGUUUAAAUAUUUAUAUAAUCAAUUUAGGAUAAUGCUUUUUCAUAUUCAAAGAAAACGGUCGUUUGAUAAAAUUUUUAUGGAGUUAGUUAUUGAUUGUUUCGUCAUAGAACAAAUUCUGAAUGGACUGGGCAUUAUUACUAAAUCAGGGUGCAUUUAAAAUAAAACACACGGUAUGGUAAUUCUGUGUUAUUUUUGCCAAAAUUGUAAGUAGUUUGUCGCACUUUUAUAUCAAGAAUCUAUGCUUAUUUGUAUAAAUAUGGCUUUAGUUUGGCUUGCCGUCCGGCUCUAAGAAAACAUUAUUGUGAUAUAAACUCUGGUAGCUGUUAGACUUAAUUAAAUUGCAUUUUUUUAGUUAAUGCCUUAUUUUACCAAGCUACGUUCAUAGUUUCCUCCAAAUAAAAUGGGUCAAAUUCAUAUCCCAACACUUAAAAUUGAUCCACAUUACAUGAACAAAAUCAUUUCAAAAUGUCCAGAGGGUCUUUUCCGUUUAGGAAACGUUGAUUGGGCAAAAGUCUUAAUCUGUCAUGUGUGCUUUGCAGCCAGAUUGCGGGCUAGUGUACGUACCUAAUUCCUUAUUAAAUUUAUUUUCUACGAUUUAAGAAGAAUUUUACACUAUUUAAAAAAGGCUCCAGCAACAACCAACUAUUGUAAAUUCUAGAAACUGCAUAAACAAUUAUUUUUUUAGAGUCUGAAUGCCUUUACGGUACGACGCGGUUUGACUAAAUUGCGAUUUUUGUUUUUGGCUAGUACCAAGAUUGUUUCUUAUACUUUCGCGAUAAUAAAUUGGUCGUGUCGGGUCGCAUCUUGUCACAAAUUGAUGAAUCAAUAGUAUAAAUGUAAGAAAUUGAUAGCAUGAUUUCUUAAAUUUUAAUUGAAUUCAUUUUCAUAACCUUUUUUAGAAUGUACCAUAUGUUCACUUUAACUAUUUAAUCCAUGAGUUGUAUUUAAAUAUAUAAUGUCUGUUGUACAUAACUAGUAACAUACCUAGAUGUAUAUUGUACAUAAUACAAGAUUGGUGGAAAGUACAUAGUUAAUAAAAUAAAGGUUUAUAUGAUGAACCAUAGCUUAUAUUGUGCGAUAUAUGACCCAACUUUGAAGUUAUAUUAUUUUGUACUUAAUUUAUUUGUGUACUCACUUCAUACAUUCCUAAGAUUAACAAGCUGAGAUCAUCAUUAUGAAUACAUAAUAAAAUAAAUUUAUGGAUUA